ACGAACAGCGCUUUUAAUUUGAACGGCAAGCUGCAGAGAGUGAUCGAGUGCUUCGGUAGUGGAAGAGGGUUUGGAGAGAACGCGAAUCGUAGAACCUGAAGGAAUCCUAGCAGUGGAGAUACGAUUUCACAUUCAGACUGCACUUAACGGACUGAAUAGAAACUAAUAUAUGUACUAAGAGUAGAAGCUUGAAUCGGGUUUCCUUGUCGUUUCUCUCCGCCUGUGCGUGGAGAACAUCUCCCUGGAGUCUGCAGACAGUAACAAGUUUAGCUGGUUGUUUUGGUUCUCUUAACGAAAUAUGGCAACUGGAUCAGUUAAACCUGUGAAAGCGGCCGUCACGCUGGACCCUGCCAAAACGGCUCCGCUAAAAGAAAUUCCGGACAUUCUGGUGGAUCCCCGGACCAAGAAACGCUAUCUGCGAGGCAGAUUUCUGGGGAAGGGAGGUUUUGCUAAGUGUUACGAGAUCACGGACAUGGACACUAAGGAGGUUUUCGCUGGUAAAGUGGUUCCCAAAUCAAUGCUGCUCAAGCCCCAUCAGAGAGAAAAGAUGACGAUGGAGAUCACAAUUCAUCGCAGUCUGAGCCACCAGCACGUUGUUGGCUUCCACGGAUUUUUCGAGGAUGAUGACUUCGUGUUUGUUGUGCUGGAGAUCUGUAGGAGACGGUCAUUGCUGGAAUUGCACAAGAGGAGGAAGGCUGUAACGCUUCCUGAAGCGCGUUACUACAUGAAACAAACGAUUAUGGGAUGCCAGUAUCUCCACAAUAACAGAGUGAUUCACAGAGACCUCAAACUGGGCAACCUGUUUCUCAAUGAUGAAAUGGAAGUCAAAAUUGGUGAUUUUGGUUUGGCUACCAAAAUAGAGUACGAUGGGGAAAGAAAGAGGACUCUAUGUGGGACACCCAAUUACAUUGCUCCUGAGGUUCUAUGCAAGAAAGGACACAGCUUUGAAGUGGACAUCUGGUCCCUUGGGUGCAUUCUGUACACUUUGCUGGUUGGGAAGCCUCCUUUUGAAACAUCAUGCCUGAAGGAAACCUACAUUCGCAUUAAGAAAAAUGAUUAUAUUAUUCCUAAACACAUUAACCCAGUAGCCGCAGCUUUAAUUGGCAGGAUGCUUCGCAGUGAUCCAACAACCCGGCCCACCAUUGCAGAUCUACUUGAUGAUGAAUUCUUCACAUCAGGGUACAUCCCACAGAGGCUUCCUACCACCUGUCUGACUGUGCCGCCACGCUUUUCCAUUGCACCAAGUAUGAUUGAUGCAAGUACAAGAAAACCACUCACUGCGUUGAACAAAGAUCCAGAAAGUCCCAUGGAUAAAGUAACAGCCCCUGCGGAAAAGGAAGAGAUGCAGCAGAGAGAGAUGGUGGACUCAAGUGAUGGCUACCUCGCAGAACUUUUGGCACAGUUAAACAGUGUGAAUGCUUCAAAACCCUCAGAGAGAGUAGUAGUUCGGCAAGAGGAAGCAGAGGACCCUGCUUGUAUUCCAAUUUUUUGGAUCAGCAAAUGGGUUGAUUAUUCUGACAAGUAUGGCCUGGGGUACCAGUUGUGUGACAAUAGUGUUGGUGUUCUUUUUAAUGACUCAACCAGGCUGAUCAUGUAUGAAGAUGGAGAUAGCCUUCAGUACAUAGAGCGUAACACCACAGAGUCUUACAUGAGUUUACGCUCAUACCCUCCGGCCCUUAACAAAAAAAUUACUCUGCUGAAGUACUUCCGUAACUACAUGAGUGAACACUUACUGAAGGCUGGUGCUAAUAUUACACCUCGUGAUGGAGAUGAACUUGCACGCUUGCCUUUCUUGCAUCACUGGUUUAGGACAAAGAGUGCCAUCGUUCUACAUCUCAGCAAUGGCACUGUACAGAUUAACUUCUUCCAGGACCACACAAAGAUCAUCCUGUGUCCCCUAAUGUCUGCCGUUUCAUACAUUGAUGAGAAACGAGAGUUCCGUACCUACAAACUGAGCCUGAUUGAAGAACACGGAUGCUGUAAGGAAUUGGCCAGCCGGUUACGCUACGCAUCUAAUAUGGUGGAAAAGCUGCAGGCAUCAAAGUCUGCUUCUGGACGGAAGCCUCCUGUCGAACGUGCCUGAGGUAGUGGCUGGAGUGUCAUUUGUAAAUAAGUUUAUGUAAACUGAAACCCUUAACUAUCAAUUUCCAAUAUGUCUUUUUUAUGUUGUGAAUAAAGAUUGUUUAAAUAUU